GUGUUCAGUCAUUCGCUUAGUGUUUAUUCAUAGAUUGUCGUAUCUAAGAAAGAAGCUACAUUUCGCGAACUGACACAUACUUGUGCGCUCCCGCCACCUUCGUUGGUAUUUUUCCUCGAGAAUUUAACAACUGUUUAUUUGUGUGAAGAUUCAAAAUGAAGGCGAUCAGUCCCGUGAGAUCCGUAAGGAGCUGCUACGAAGCUGUGUGUUGUAUUUCGGAACAAAGCCUCGCCAUCUCCCGGAAUAAGGGACCAGUGGAAGAGCCGAUGGGCGCUCUGUGCGACAUGAACGACUGCUACUCGAAGCUAAAGGAGCUCGUGCCGAGCAUCCCACAGAACAAAUCCGUCAGCCAAGUGGAAAUCCUGCAACACGUCAUCGAUUACAUAUUCGACCUGCAAAUAGCACUGGAGAGCGAGUCGGUCGACAAAACGACGCCAGAUGUGGUCCUGUCAUUGAAGGCAUCCGACAUUACCUGUAAUUUCGCAGAGGACGGAGGGCUGUGUCACUAGCAGAAGAGCUUUACUUCACUAAAUGGUGCGGGAACACAUGGCUCCACUUCACUUUGGGUAAAGACCAGGAGGAGGAGGAGGAGGAGGAGGGGGGGCGGCUAUUUGGGAAAAAAAGGGAGGUGGGGUUGAAGAUACAAGAUUAGCGACUAGCCUCCCUCCUUUUCCCACAGCCUGUCAGUCUCUGGGCACCAGACGUUUCAGCGCACCAAAGUACAGAAGAACUUUCAAGGACUAAUGAAGCCCCUCCCCCCUCUUCUGUUGUAAUACAUCAAGUAAAAAAAAAAGCAUUUCUUGGGAGGGUUACCCCUUUUGGACUUUCAGUAAUGCGUGUUUUCUGUCGCACCCCAAAUUUCUUUCCUUCCCCCCCCCACCCUUCGGCACCUACAAAAAAAGAACUUUCCAGUUUUGUCUUCACAUCGCUGUCUCUCAAGGCUUACAUUUUUGUUUCAUUUUUUUUUUUUCACGCUUAGGAAUUCAGUUCACCCUGGUCAAAGCGAUUCUGUACAUAUAUGGGUUUUGGGGCUGGGUGGGAUUGGGUGUGGGGAGGAGGUGGGGAGGGGUGGGGGUGUUAUUGGGGGAGGAUUAUAAUUUGAACUCUAUUACAGAGUUAAUAGUGUGCGUUUGUGGGGAUCGUGUAUUUCCACAGACGGAUGUUGAAAUGCCAAGUUUUAUAAACUUUUUAUAAAAGUAUGCUUUACAUGUACCUUUUUACAACAUGAUAAUAAUAUUAAUAAAAUGUUCGAAUGGA